AUAUUGGGUGCAUAACAGAACAUUGGCUCUCCUCCGGUAUACUUGAUAGCAUAAACUGUAUUUGGAGAAGUAUGAAAAUAAAGUUUUUCAGGCAUUAGAAAGGGGGGAAGAAGCCCAUCCAGAAGUAACCUACGACUUCUAUUAUCGCAGUUUCGUAUUAAACCAUAAUAUUAGUUUCGGAACUCCUAGGUCUGACACAUGUCAAACUUGCGACAGGUUACAAAAUCUUAUACUCGCCGAGAUAGAUCCUGAAGAGAAAAAAGCACGUCUAACUGAAAAGGAUCUCCAUAUUCGUAAAUCGGAGAUGUUUUACAAAAAAUUAAAAGAAGUUAUCAUUCUAAGUAAAGAAGACGAGUCUAUCGAAGUAUUGUGUUUCGAUUUCCAGCAGAAUUUACCUUUACCCCAUGUACCAGCCGGAGAUGUAUUCUACAAAAGGCAACUUUGGGAAUAUAAUUUUUGUAUUUAUUCGGGAACAUUUGGGACGUCAACUUUCUACAUGUACGAUGAGCAGACCGCUAAGAAAGGAAGUAAUGAGGUCAUAUCCUUUCUUCAUCAUUAUAUACACACAUAUUUGCCUGGUUCAGUAAAGACGUUAUACAUUUUUUCGGACAAUGCCUUUGCACAAAACAAAAAUCAAACGCUAGUGAAAUAUAUGUUUACUUUGGUAAAUACAAACAAAAAUAUUCGUGAAAUACAUCACCAGUACCCCGAACCUGGACACAGUUUUUUACCGUGUGAUAGGUCAUUUGGACUCAUAGAAAAAAAUAAAAGGAAGAAGGAAAGAAUAUAUCUACCGUCAGAAUGGAUAAAAUUAGUUGAACAAACUUCGAAAAAAUUUAAGGUAGUUCCUCUAGAACAAGACAUGAUUCUUAACUUUUCGGACCAUUUUAAGCAACUUUUUAAAUCAGCCCCCAAAGGACCAAAAAGAGAAAAGUUUGCUAUAUCAACCUAUAGAUUAAUGAGGUAUACAAAAAAUCAUCAGUAUAUUGAAUGCUCUGUAAGUUCAGGAUUUGUUAUUUCCACAAAAUUUUUCAUGAACCCAAAUGGAAAUAUAGCAUUCCCAAUGCCUAAUAAUAAAGCACACUCAAGGCCUUCGGAGAUAAAUCCUAAAAAAAUCAAGGAUUUAAGAGACUUAGUACAAAAGUAUGUACCUUUAAAUGACCAAGGUUAUUAUAACCGCUUGUUUGACAACAUUACUGAUAGAGGCGAAGAUCCACAUUCUGGAGAUAUAAACGAAGAUUGCGAUGAAGGUAGUGUUAGUGACUCUUCUUAUGUUUAAAAUAAUUAUUUAAUCAUUAUAUGUUCAUUUUUAUUUGCAAUAAAACUCCAAAAACAGUGCACUGUUUCAUUUUUAUUUGUAAAAUGUGAUUUUUGGAACAAAAAACAGGCAACUCCAUUUUUUCAAAUCAAAAAUUUUUGCGUCUAAAAUAUGAAAGAAAAGUAGUGAUUGAAUAAAUAAGGCUUGUCUAAUGUUCCUCUAGAGAUUUUGAUUUCAUUGAGCAUAAUUUCUUCACAUUUUGUGAAAAUAUAAAGUUUUUUUUGAUUUCCCAACAAUUCAGAAAAGUGGAGUUGCCCGGUUCUUGCACCGAGGUCUUCAAUUCUAGUUGAAAUUAAAAAAAAUGGAAAGGCUACGAUUCGAAUUUGUGGUACAGGCGGCAACGAUAAUAAUAUGCAUAACUUCUAUAGAGACACCGGAGGAACAUAUUUUUGAAAUUCCAGACAAAUUCAUGCCGGCAAGUAAACAUACUGCCCUUACGUCUUUGGAAGUUUUUAAGAAAAUGAAAAAUUCACUAGAAAAGAGGCACCAAACACGAAGAAUAUGGAUCGCUUUGAAUGAGGAGUUAAAAAAUAUUUAUUUGGACGAAGGUGAAAAUUUACAAUUCGGUGAUCAAUAUCUGGAAGAAAUAACAGGAAACGAAAUACUCCAAUACGGAAACACGACCAGCAAUAUGUCUGAAAAAAUAAAUCUAGGAAAAAUUUCUGAAAAGUUCUUAAUGGAUAAAUUUUCCAAUAAAACAUCAAAUGCUAACCGAUGGAUUCGAAAGUGAAUGUAAAAAAUUCGAAAUUGUAGAAGACAAAGAGAAAAUUGAGAUUCUCAAAUAUCAGAAGCAAUGGAAAACUACAGCCUGUUCAAAUCCAAGAGAACGAUUGUGAAGCGAUUCAUUACUAGGAUCGAAAACUGGUUAAAUGGAAAACCAGAUGAACAGGAUGAAGAGAUGCUGUCCAAGAAGUAUGAGGCCUUGGUAGCAGCGGGAAAAGAAUAUAGCAAGUGCCAAAACAUGAUUGAAGAGCUGGAAGACUUUGAAACCUUCGAUAGCGAAGACCGAGACGCAAUGAAAAACCACAUUGAAGAAUUUGAAGUGAAAUUCGAAAAAUUGUUGAAGAAAUUCAAAUCAGUCAAGGUUAAUAGCAGCCCUUCAGGCUUUCAAUAUGUUUUUGCACAGAUAAGAUUGCCAUAAAUCAAUGCAAUUAUGCUUUUGUGUACUCUGUUUUUUGUAUUCACCUUGUGUUACACGUGUAUUCAAAGAAAGUAUUCUACCAAUACUUUCUACGUCACAGAAAGUAAACCUGUUACCGGGAAAUGGGACAGUUUUUUCAGAUGGUAAAUGACUGGUUCGAAAUAAUGAAUUCUUAUACUCCAUCAAUAUCCAUCCCUACAAAAAAAACAAUAUGGAACUAACUUGGAGAUGCAGAAUGAAACAUUGAACAAGAUGUUGAUAACUAUAACUUCAAUGAAAUGUAUUGGUAAACCGUUUCUCCAAGUUUUCCAAAAAGGCAUAAUAAUAUCUGUUAAGUUUUGAUCAAGGUUCGUAGAACUGAGCGCCGCCAUUGUCCAAAGAUACACUCCUGAAGUUGGUUAUAGAUAAUUCCGCGCACUUUAUGAGUGCGCUGCGCGCAGUCGUCCUUAUAAUGAUGGCUGGCUAUAAUGAUAUUUUAAUUAUGUCCGUUUUAUCUGUAGCACUUCUAUGUUCUUAACCCUUUUCGAUGGUUCGACAAAAAGGUCGAGGUGGGGUAAGAAAUCGAACUUCACUUCAAUUAAUUCGAGUUCAAGUCAGUUCAGAAAUAUUCAACACACAGUCUAGUAAGUACAAGUCAAGUACAAUAUAGUAUAGUUCGUCGUUGCUCUCGCCCCUUGAGACACAGUGUUCAGCUUGCACAUUUUCAAGUUAGUGAAAUAUUGGCCUUGUCGCCACGUGGUUAGAAAAGACCCUACAGUCGGUCAUCGUUAGUACCCAAGUCGGUAAAUUGUUAUUGGAUAAGUGCGUGGAACUGAUUCAUAGUUUUCGAUAACUAGUUAAGCGAAUCUUGUAAAGUGUACAUUGUGUUAUUGUAUAUAUAUAAACAUACUUCAAUAAAUAGUGUGGAAAAUUUCAUGGUCCUUCGAACUUCAUAAACCAGUACCUUACAGUCCAAUUUAUGUAUGGAUGUUCUCAUCUAAUAGCUACAUACAUUUGAUCCUUCGAGCCGGAAAUAAAUUUGAUCCUUGGAGCCGUAUAUAAAUUGAAGAUAUCCCUGAAGAAAUUAUCAAUUUCCACAAUUGAAGUAUUAGAAAACCCACGUGCCUGAAGCGGACAUAUUGGUUAACUAGAGGUUAACUUUAUCAACGCAUGCGCAAAGUGUGGUGAAGUCUUUUGCAAGAAGAGGUCGCUGUCUAUCAAGAAUCGUUCCAGUGCAAGCAGUUUUGGAUAGUGAUAAGUCAAUUUUACAAUUUUUAUUUAUUUUAUAUAUUUACUUAAUUAUUUCUUUUGUUCAAAAUGUCUACUAUUGAUACUUUGGUUAAACAAAGAACCAUACUUAAGAGUAAAUUAACUAUAAUGGCCAAUUGGUUCGGCCAAGAUGUUCUCAAAGAUAGAGAAGAAUGUAGUGCUCGUAAAUGUCAAUUAGAGCAAAUCUUCAAAGACUACGAACUUGUUCAAACUCAGUUGGAGUUAUUUGACUCUGCCUCAUAUGAAGAGGACAGAGAUAUUGUGGAAAAUAAGUAUUUUAAGGUUAUAUCUAUGGCAACGAGAACUAUGAAUCAGUUCGAAAACUCACAAAGUCAAAAUCCUAAUUCUUACGUUGUCUUAAGUCUUACGUUGGGUCAUAAUGUACAAUCGUGUUCUAGUCAACACACCUGUUUCAAUUGCCAUAGAAAGCAUCAUAGUUUGCUCCAUUUCAGUAGGACUUCAACUCGCCAAUAUUCCAAUGAAGUUCCUAAUCCAAGAUCCAACAACGAAGUAUCCAGAUCAAAUAAUCUAUCACAAAUUCAGAAUGAAUCUCAAGCAGUUUCUCAUUUGUCCACUAGUGCUCAACCAACCAUCACAACUUCAUAACUGAAGAUCUGGUCAACAGACUUCAUCUCGAACCUUAUAAUCAAACUAUUCAAAUUUCUGGAAUCUCACAAAGUUGUUCUAUGUCAAAUAGAAUGAUAGAUCUAACAAUUCAUUCGUUAGUAUAUCCUCAUCGAAAGUUUAAGGUUUCCUGUGCUAUCCUCAAAAAUAUAACAUGCCAACAACCACAGUCAUAUAUCAACUCGUGUUCUCUCCCCAUUCCUAUUGGCAUUAAAUUAGCGGAUAUCAAGUUCAAUAUUCUUUCCAAUAUUGAUAUUCUCUUGGGUUCAGAUAUCUAUUUCGAAAUCAUUAUGGAUGACAUUAUUACAUUAGGUCCUGGUCGACCUGUUCUUCAAAAUUCCCACUUAGGAUAUCUAAUUGCAGGAAAAGUCCCACAGUCAGCUCACAUAUCUCGCGCUACUCACUUAGCAUUGGCACAAUCUUCCCAAAAUUCAACUGAAUCUUCAAAGUCAAUUGUAAAUCAAGAAGAUUCACUAAAUAAUAUUCUGACUGAGUUCUGUGAAGUUGAGGAGAUAUCUAAUCAAUCUGAACACAUUUUAUCUUCAGCAGAAGAGAAUGCUGAACGGAUAGUCAAAAACAAAACCAUUCGGUUUCCGUCGGGUAGAUUUCAAGUUGACCUACCAUUCAAAACUCCAAACGAACCAUUUAAAUUAGGUGAUUCAUAUUCGCAAGCGAAGAAAAGAUUCUUGAAUAUGAACUGAUUCAUAGUUUUCGAUAACUAGUUAAGAGA